CUAAUUGGAAUACUGUAGUAGAGAAGAGAGUUAAUAGGUACCUAUACAGGUAUUUAGGCUUAUGGAAGGCCAGAUAAAUUUGUCGUAUUAGCUACUUGAUACACUGUCACCACUCCUCGAUUAACCUAUUCUCUUCCGUCCACCGAUUUCCGUAGAUGAGAGUCGUUUGAAGUUCUGCCUCGUGACAUGAUCUGGUUGGAUUCGAGCAGUUAUGCCACUUUAGCACGGACAAAUAAAAGUAUGUGGAAACAUCAUGAGGAUAUCGAAGAUCCCCCAUUGCGUAUAAAUGUAACUCAGUCGGAAGGGUCGUUAAAGACAUGAUGAUGAGUUACGAUGAUGUAAUUGAUGUAUCGGAAAAGAGAAGCGACAGCGAUAGCGACUAUUAGGAAGGUACCUAGGUCAGAGAAAAUGCAACGGUAACUACCCCGCCUGAACCCGCUAGCACACAACUGUCGCCAGCUGGUUCAGGGUCGAUAGCAAUAGUCUCAAAUGCAAUCCCGAUAAAACUUACUACGUAGACUGAAGGAUGACCCCAAAUACUCGCGAGGAAAGAUAUACCAAGUAAACCACCGCCACCCACCUCUACCUAAUAUGUUGAAUUGGCCAUCGUGGGUGCCUGUGAACCCCACACCCCUGGCUUGGACGACACUCUUAGUUCCAGCAACCACACUUUACUUUGCCUGGCGCUAUGGCCGACCCAUCUCAUCUAGAAGGCAAAAAAGCGUACGGCCGAUCGACGAGCGGGUUGUUAUCAUAGGCGCCUCAAGCGGGCUAGGUCGCGUUAUAGCGAAGCGGUACGCGGCUCGCGGCGCACAUGUAUGCAUCGUGUCGCGCCGUGCGGAACAGCUCGCAGAGCUGGCCGGCGAGUGUGGGGAGAAGUGCUUUUGGGUGGCGGCCGACUUCAGCGACGUCGGGGACAUGGUGCGGGCAAGGGAGGAACUACUUAAUAAAUGGGGCAGUCUGGAUACUCUCUGCGUGUGCGCUGGCGUGUCGGCCGUGCAGCCGGUCAUGAGUUUGGCUGGUGUAGAACCUGGGAAAGAUGAUGACGCAGGUGAUGCUGGCAUACGGCAUGCCGUCGAUAUCGCCGCUCGCGCGACCCAGGGAAAUGUCUACGGGCCUCUUGUUGCGGCAUUGACGUUUAUUCCUAUGUUACUACGAACCUCGGUUUCGCCAUCCAUCCUUCUGAUCUCUUCCGUCGCCGCAAUAAUUCCGGCGCCGACACGUGCGCUGUACGCGGCUACCAAGGCCUCGUCUCUGCUUCUGUUCCAGUCACUCGCGAUCGAGCACCCCAAGAUCGCCUUCACGUUCGUCCUACCAGGGACCAUCCAGGGUAAUUUCCGUGCAUCGGCAGUUGACGCCGAUGUGAUGACACGAGAGGCAGGGCCGAAUCAGCGAGGGCUCAAACUGGACUACGUUGCGGAUAGGUGCGUGGGCGCCGUGGAUCAGGAAGUGAGAGGCAAUUUAGUGAUUCCCAAGUUUCCCUACGCUAUCGCCCAUCACCUGUACUAUCUUUGGCCUUUUUUCAUCGAGAAGCAGGCGAGGAAGAAGUAUAAUUUCGGUGGAUAAAUUCCCUUCGAUCGGUAUUUAGGUCCUCACUUGAUUCUCAUGAUUAGUAACAACGAAGAUUGCAACCUUGAUGAUUUUCUGGUGCAAUAAUUCAAUAUGGAAAAUAUUAUUCUAAGUAAGUACCUAUGUACCUGUGUACUCAACGAAAGUACUUAGAUACAUAAGUGAUUGUGGAGUCAAAAAUCAACUAGGCCUUUUUUGAUUGGUCC